AUGUCGGGCGAUCUGGAAAAGCACGAGAAGCUACUCGGAAAGAGCUUAUCGCUCAUCUCUCAUUAUUCGAAGCUGCAGGGGAGCUCAGGAGACUUGGGCAACCCCUGGCUCCUGGGAUGGAAUCAUUAUUUCUGUGAUGAGGACAUAGUGAUGGAAGAUGGUGCGACUUUGCCACCAGGAUGGAACGAUCCCGGUCCAUCCAUCCACAUGUCAACAUACUCUGCAUCGAGGUCCACAUCCGGAUCGCCAGCAUCAUGUGCUGGUGCGGGUCCAUCCAGGUUAAGUCCACUUACCCAUGAUGGUUGCACAUAUUGGCCUUCUAGGCCUUCAUCAUCUGCUGGGCGAUCGGCGGUGAUCUCAAGAUCUCCAUCAGCAAUGGGAGACAUGGAGAGCCGUGUUUCGAGCUCUCCAUCAGCAUUCUCAUUCGCAUCGCCAUACCCAUUUCAUUCGCAGGGGUCUACAUCGAAAGAUACACCACUCGAUAUCCUCUACAUCCCAGACCCAAGCCGCGAGGUGAAAUCGAAGAAUGAGGCAAAGGAAGAUCUAGGAUGGGCGACCCGCUGUAUAAAACCUCACCAAUAUGAGGUUAUCAAGGAGCUCGGAAAAUUCGUAUACAAACUAUCAGAAAGCAAAGAGGGCGUGAAGGUGGUGGUCAGCGAAUGGCUUUGGUUGGCAAUGAACAUGGAAGAGUACAACGAUGGCAACGCAUUCGAGCUGAAGUACAUGAAGUGGGCAGACUUCAAGGCCAUCGUACUCGAUCCGAUCAGCCAGCAAUCUAAAUGGAAUGAGCUCGUACGGAUGGACUGUAUAAUCGGAGGCAUCGACUACACGAUCGAUUUCCGCCGUCAAGUACAGUUUUGGCCCCCACCAGAUCAGGUUCGGACUGCUGCUGUCAAGUGGGAGACCCUGGCACACCUGCAGGCAAUUUCAGCUAUCCACAGAUGGGUGGUACCGGAAAUGCAUAUAAUUAGCGAUGGGGACCCUAUCGACGAUUCCUACGUCCUGAAGCGGAGUCACAGCGACUGUGGCAAACAUGUGAUACUUCCGACCGCCCCGAAAUCAAGCCGCACCUGGGCCCAUCUCAAGAAUAACACGAACGAGGACUCGGACGAGGUAUGGAUUGCCCAACAAUAUAUCCCAAGCUUGGUGUUCCUUGGGGAGUGGCGGUUAAACAAUGGCGGCUGGUCUGGAAUCCCGGUCACAAGUUUUCUGUCAUUGGAGGAGGCGGGCGAAAUAUGGUAUGAUGCACUCUCAUCAUGCUUAUCGUACUUAGAACUGGAUCUCGCCAACAGGAAGGAUGAGUCGCUAAGCAUUGCUGAACAGAGGAAGAAGAUUGUGAAUCCGCAAAGGGGAGAUAUCGAAACAAGGCAGAGAGCGAUGGAUGAGUUCAACAACUUCGUGCUAAAAGCCUGGGCAGAACUAGUCGCACGAGAAACUGAGGGUCGGUGGCGCAAGACCUUCCAUGUCAUUGUUUUGUCGAAUGGAUAUCAGGAUCAUGGCCCCAGAUGGCAUGAGCCCGAAGCUACGGCUGGGAUACUUUGUCAACGAGGUGGAACGUACUCUGACGACGAGCUUCUGGCUAUUCUGGAACAUAAACAACACCGGGAGGAAUCAUGGCAGACACAUUCGCAAAGCUGUUCGAGAAAUGGGUCAGAUCGAAUCACCAAUGUAUACUGCAUAGCAUAA